AUGUCUGUCAAGUCUGGUCAGUUCAACUGCGACGCCGUCACGCGCGAAUGCCCAGUCGGCUUUUCGAAGAUUACCGAGGGAACGACGGCAGUGCUGGAGCCACCUCCAAAUAAGAAGACAAGUGUCUCUUCAGCUGCGCCUGCUGCUGCUGCUCCUUUAAACCUCAGCGACGAGGAAGCAGACGGCCAGCAAGGGAGCCAGGCUGUCUUCUACAACCCCGCCCAAGUGGUGAACCGAGACUUGAGCAUCAGCGUCAUCGAACUCUUCUCGCGGCUGCGGCUGGCGGAGCCGCGGCGUCGAGGUGGCACGAAGGAGGGGAUCACCAUCCUUGAGGCCCUCAGCGCUACCGGACUCCGGGCAAUUCGCUACUACAAGGAAAUCACGAACGUGCGCUACAUCAUCGCCAACGACAUGGACGCGGACGCGGUGGACUGCAUCGUCCGCAACUGCGCAUACAACGGAGUCCCAGUCCAGUACCCGACCUUGAAGGAGAACAUGCCGUCUACCGCGAUCGAACUCUACGCUGAUGAGACGGAGGCGGGGAAGGGUGAGCUGAAAAGUAAUGUCUCACCAAGAGUCGGGGUGUGCGCCGGCGGCGCCAUCUUGCCAAACCUUGACGACGCCAACGAUCUCAUGUUCCGGCUGGCGAUGGACAGCAGCGCGCACCCGGGAAAGCGCGUCUGCCUUGUCGACACACCCGCGGAGGCUUCGUCAGGGCCGUUGCUGCGUCCGCUGCUGCAACAGGAGCUGAUGGAUGUGGUCGACCUCGAUCCAUACGGCUCCGCCUCACCCUUCCUCGACGGCGCCUUUCGCUGUAUCAAGGAAGGUGGACUGAUGCUGGUGACGAGCACCGAUAGUGCCAUCCUAUGCGGCAACUUCGCCGAUACCGCCCAUGCCAAGUACAGCUCUAUGCCCUACAAGGCGUCCCACUGUCACGAGGCCGCGGUGCGCACGCUGCUCGCCUGCGUCGAGCGGGUGGCCAACCGCCAAAAAAAGUACAUCGUGCCGCUGCUGUCACUCCACAUUGACUUCUAUGUCCGCUGCUUCUUCCGCGUCUACAGACAGCCAGCCGAGGUAAAACUUAGCGCCUGCAAGCUUGGGUAUCAGCUGCAGUGCUCGAGCUGCUCAGCGUUCUGGGUGCGACCGAUGGCGACAGUGCGGCAGCCCCGACCGUCGCGACAGGCGCGCCGCCGGCAGAAGCACGAGAUGAACAAUCGGCAGGGGCGCGCCGGCGAAAAGCCUGCCAACGGGGACGUAGAGCAGCAGAACGAGGACGAGACAGCAGAGAGCGCGACGGUAGCGCCACAGGAGCAUCACCAUUCCCGCCAUGGGGCGAAGCGCGUGCGUGACGACGAAGACAAUGAUGAGGCCGCGUCGCACAAGGACAACGGCGUUCGUAAGGAGGUGUACCCCACCUCGCCAAGUCGGCAUACCAAUCCCAAGAUCACACCACUCACACUCCAACAGAUGCUGAACCUCGCAGCUGCAACCGUGUCCACCGCCUCCGCGCCGUCAAGGACAGCAGCAAGUGCGUGCCUGGUGUGCGGCAGCAACAUCGUGCUCUCCGGCCCCCUCUAUGCAGCUCCCACGCAGAAUCGUGAGUUCCUCGAGCAGCUGCUCGCGCUGGUCGAGGAGCGCGCCAGAGAGGGACGACUGAACGCGGUGGCGCGCAUCACCGGCCUGAUCCGCACCGCCCUCGAAGAGCUCCCGGAGUGCCCUCUCUUCCACUUGCUGCCCGACGUCGCGUCCUAUGUGAGGGUGCGCUGCCCACCAACGCCGUGCAUUGUCGGUGCGCUGGCGCGACUUGGGUAUCGCUGCAGUCAGGUGCACUGCGCCGCUGCAGGGCUCAAGACGGAUUGCCCACCGGAGGUACUGUACCGGGUGAUGCUGCAGUGGAAGGCAGUGCAGGACGCGCUGGGUCUAGUCGGCGAAGCCGCGGUCGAGGACAGUGGUGACAACACCGAGAAGAAGUCCCCGGCAGCUUCAACCGCACCUCGACCGCUGUUGGUGGCCCCACUGACUGAAGCGGACUUCACGUACGAUAAGGAUCACGACUUCCGUGGUCGUGUAAUCGGUGUGGCCAAGUUCGUGCCGAACGCACCGGGCUGGGGACCGCGCCGACGUCACCAAGGAGCAGCCGCAGUUCCGGAAGCGGUGGAAUGCCACAAGGACAGUGGCACAGACAACCGCAACGGCGAGGCGUGA